AUGACGGCCGAAGAAUCCUCAGCCGAUGUCCAAUUCCCGCCAGCCGAGCAGUUAUCACUCGAUAUGUUCGUCAUCGAGAAAAAGAUUGGCAAGGGGCAGUUCAGUGAGGUUUUUCGGGCAAAAUACGAACGCAGUGGAAAGCUGGUGGCCCUGAAGAAGAUCCAGGUGUUCGAGAUGGUCGACCAGAAGGCGCGACAGGACUGUAUGAAAGAGAUUGAUUUGUUGCAGCAGUUGAAUCAUGCCAAUGUUAUUAGGUACUACGCCUCGUUCAUCGACAAAAAUCAACUGAACAUCGUGUUGGAGUUGGCAGAGGCUGGGGAUAUGAGCAGAAUGAUUAAGCACUUCAAAAAGAACGGUCGUCUCAUCCCGGAGCGGACGAUUUGGAAGUAUUUUGUGCAAGUGGCUCGGGCUUUGGCACAUAUGCACUCGAAGAGGAUUAUGCAUCGAGACAUCAAGCCAGCCAACGUCUUCAUCACCGGCGAAGGCAUCGUCAAGCUUGGCGACCUAGGCCUAGGCCGAUUUUUCUCAUCCAAGACAACUGCUGCUCAUUCACUUGUGGGGACUCCUUACUACAUGAGCCCCGAGCGGAUCCAAGAGUCCGGGUACAACUUCAAAUCUGACCUCUGGUCACUUGGGUGCUUACUGUAUGAAUUAGCGGCCCUGCAAUCUCCAUUCUACGGCGACAAGAUGAAUCUGUACUCGUUGUGCAAGAAGAUUGAGAAUUGUGAAUACCCUCCACUACCGGCAGAUAUUUAUACAAGCCAGCUACGCGACCUGAUCUCGAGGUGUAUCGUAUCGGAUCCCAACCAGAGGCCAGAAACCAUGGAAGUCCUCGAAAUUGCCGAGAAAAUGCAUGAGUUCUUCCGGGAACAGGCUAGGACGCAGCCCGCAGCACCUGCAGAAGAA